UACCUUAAUUAACUCAAGUACUAUGAAAGUAGAGUGUUAUUAAAACUUAUACAUCGUCAUGUCAGGAUUAUUAGGAGCCUCAUCAACACCGAUGUUUACUAUUUUCAAUAUUGUCUGUGGUGUCUGGUUCUUUGUUUUUGCUUCUUUUACAAAAGCCCAGAAUGGAAUUCAACCAACUACAGAUCCCUCUGAAGUAAGAGCUUUGAAUUCGAUCUUUGAGCAAUGGAAGAUAAAGGCUAACACUGAACAGUGGAACAUAAGUGGAGAACCAUGCAGUGGUGCCGCCAUAGAUGACUCCGUCAAAUUUGACGAUGGCUCAUAUAAUCCCUUCAUCAAAUGCGAUUGCUCUUUCGACAGUGGCUCUCUCUGCCACAUUACUCAACUGAAAGUUUAUGCAGUGGAUGUUGUUGGUCCAAUCCCAGAAGUGCUAUGGACUCUGACCUUCCUCUUCAAUCUGAAUUUGGGCCAGAAUUUCUUGACAGGUUCUCUUUCUCCAUCAAUUGGAAAUCUCACCAGAAUGCAAUACUUGAGCUUAGGCAUAAAUGCACUGUCAGGGGAGGUACCAAAGGAAUUGGGACUACUUACUGAGCUAUUAAUUUUAUCCUUUUCAUCAAACAACUUCUCUGGUCCUCUGCCUCCAGAGUUAGGAAAUUUAUCCAAAUUACAACAACUUUACAUUGAUAGUGCUGGAGUUAGUGGAGAGAUACCUUCAACAUUUGCAAAUCUCCAAAGCAUGCAAACAUUGUGGGCAUCAGAUAAUGAAUUCACAGGAAAGAUACCUGCCUUCAUAGGAAAUUGGACAAAUCUUAAUACCUUAAGAUUUCAAGGGAACUCUUUUCAAGGACCUAUACCAUCAACUUUUGCGAAUCUGACUUCUCUAUCAGACUUGUGGUUGAGUGAAAUAUCUAAUGCAAGUUCUUCUCUUGCAUUUAUCACCAAUUUGAAGUCUCUCACAAAUUUAGUAUUGAGGAAUAACAAUAUCACUGGUUCAAUUCCAUCGAAUAUUGGCGAACACAAAGAGUUGAAACAACUAGAUUUGAGCUUCAACAAGUUAAAUGGACAGAUUCCAAACUCUCUUUUCAACAUAAGUAAACUCGAUGCUUUGUUUCUUGGAAAUAAUAGCUUAAAUGGUACCUUGCCAAGGCAAAAGAGUAGAUCUCUUCUCAAUAUAGAUGUAUCAUACAAUAAUCUAGUGGGAAGCAUUCCUUCCUGGGUCAACAAUCAACAAAAUUUACACAUUAACUUGGUUGGAAACAACUUUACUAUAGAUAAUUCAAACAACAGUACUCUUCUUUCAGGGUUACUCUGCCUUCAAAGAAAUUUCCCAUGUAAUCGAGACCAUCCCCUCUAUUACAACUUUGGAAUCAACUCCGGUGGUAAACAAAUGACAUCUUCUUCUGAUGGUCUUGUGUAUGAAAAGGAUGAAGAGGCUCUUGGUCCAGCUAAUCAUUUUGUCACCAGCUCCAACAGAUGGGCAGUAAGCAAUGUUGGAAUUUUCUCAGGGAAUAACAAUGCUACCUAUACAAGUAAUUCAUUAUCUCAAUUCACAAAUACUUUAGACUCAGAACUAUUCCAGACUGCAAGGCUUUCUGCCUCAUCAUUGAGAUACUAUGGUCUGGGGCUUGAGAAUGGUAACUACACUGUCAAACUUCAGUUUGCAGAAACUGCUUUCGAAAAUUCUCGCACCUGGAAAAGUCUUGGCCGGCGUAUAUUUGAUAUUUAUGUCCAAGGAAACCGUGUUAUACAAAAUUUUGAUAUUAGAAAGGAGGCAGAUGAAGUCCCUCUCCGAGUGGUCCAGAAGGAGUCUAAGGCUCUAGUCUCACAGAACUACCUUGAAAUCCAUCUUUAUUGGGCUGGAAAAGGAACUUGUUGCAUACCAGCACAAGGUACUUAUGGACCUUCCAUUUCAGCCAUCAGUGCUACUCCAGAUUUUGAACCAACUGUUAGUAACAUUCCUCCAAGCAAUAAGAAGAAUCGAACUGGUAUGAUUGUAGGGAUCAUUGUUGGGGUUGGCGCUUUAUGCUUUUUGUCUGUUUUAGUGGCUUUGUUUGUUCAUAGAAGAAAGAAGUCUCAACUGAAUGAUGAUGAAGAGUUCUUGGGGAUGGAUGUUAAACCAUUCACUUUUGGUUAUGCUGAACUAAAGGCUGCCACAAAUGAUUUUGAUUCUUCUAAUAAGUUGGGAGAGGGAGGAUUUGGACCUGUUUACAAGGGAACACUUGAAGAUGGAAGAGCUAUUGCUGUGAAGCAAUUGUCUGUGACUUCUCACCAAGGAAAGAGCCAGUUUGUGGCUGAGAUUGCCACAAUUUCUGCUGUGCAACAUCGUAACCUUGUCAAAUUAUAUGGAUGUUGUAUUGAGGGAGACAAACGACUUCUUGUUUACGAGUAUCUGGAAAACAAGAGUCUUGAUCAAGCACUAUUUGGUAAGCAAACCUUGAAUUUGGAUUGGUCAACACGGUUUGACAUUUGCUUGGGCAUUGCAAGAGGUCUAGCUUACCUUCAUGAAGAAUCACGGAUUAGAAUUGUACACAGAGAUGUCAAAUCGAGCAACAUUCUUCUUGACUCUGAUCUCAUCCCCAAAAUAUCAGAUUUUGGUCUGGCCAAACUUUAUGAUGAUAAAAAGACUCAUAUAAGUACACGAGUUGCCGGAACUACUGGUUAUCUUGCACCUGAAUAUGCCAUGCUUGGUCACCUUACAGAGAAAACAGAUGUCUUUGCUUUUGGAGUUGUGGCAUUAGAAAUCCUUACUGGCAGACCAAAUUCAGACUCAAGCUUAGAUGCUGAAAAGAUCUAUCUUCUUGAAUGGGCUUGGAAUCUACAUGAAGAAGACCGCGAACUUGAACUGAUCGAUUCAAACUUAUCAGAAUUCAAUCGGGAAGAUGUGAGGAGAAUCAUUGGAGUUGCUUUUCUAUGCACUCAAACAUCACCAACAGCUCGUCCAUCAAUGUCCAGAGUGGUGGCAAUGCUUUCAAGAGAUAUUGAUGUGAGCACUGAAGUUUCAAGGCCUGGUUACUUGGUUGACUGGAAAUUCAAUGAUGUCUUAAUGAGCCGGAUUGCACAAGAAACUGAUCCUACCUUAUAUGCAUCAUGUACAAGUACAAGCGAUGUGGAAGAAGCAAUGCCACCACAAGGCGAAUGGCUUAGCUCAUCGAAUGCAUCAAAACACCAAUAGAAGAUUUAGGCGAAAGCUCUUGCUGUUUUGGUGGGACUUAAUUAGGCUGAAGCAUCUGGACUUUCAUUUCCUCUUUCCUUAGUUUUGGCAAUCAAUAACAAAUUUAUGUAUCUAAAUGAAUCGGGUGUUUUGUUUUAUGAUAUUAGAAUUUUAUUGUCUAAUUUUCUGGGUGCAAAUCAGUUCCAUGUUAGUCGUCUUGAUAAUAAAGCUACUUAUGCUCUAAAUAAGUAUGUCUUUAAGCAAGACAAUAAACUUUUUUUUUUUGUCAGGAUACACAAUAAGCUUUUUUGGAUGAAAGAGAUCCUUAAUGUUUCGCUAUGCAUUAAGAAUUCUUAUCAUCUUUUUAAAGAAAAGCUGAAAGGCCUAACCUCAUUUUACUAUGUUAAUGAAACUAUGAACGGUGCCUUGUAAUA